AUGCAAACCCGUUCCCAAACUGGACAGCCGGCUCAACCUCCUAAGGAAGCGGUCUAUGCACAAUCGGUCAAUCCAGUCUCGCAUACGCCACAGGAACAACGUGCACCUACGGAGCCAAGCCGCCACCACGGAGAUUCAAUUGCAGCUAUAACCCGAACCGCCAAGUCAAACCCCUCCAGCGAUGAAGCCCGAGCUCGUCUAGAGAACCAACAUAAGCAGCAUGAACAGGAGCUGCACAACGCAUCGAACGUUGAUCUAGAGUAUGGUGUUGAGCAGCAGCCCUCAGAGGGAUAUAUCGCAGAGACAGUCCAGAAAAAAGGAAUGGGCAUUCAACGUGCACAAGCAGGUGCUCAUUCUGGUCCAGUUGGAAGUGCUGGUGGUCCUGGUCAUCCUGGAUUUGGAGAGGCGGAUGAUCUCUUGGCCAAUAUCGGUCGGAAGCGGGAUGAACAUGACAAAAUCCUGGGUGAGAGGAUUGGCCAUAGUCCCGCUCCACCUGAUGAAGAGGUUGCUGAGCGGGAGUCAGUGAGAAGACACAAGUUGGAACAAGAUCGACAUCUUGAUGUUCAGGGGGCGGUGAAAGAAGCGACCGGCGAUCCAGUCGUGGGUGCUUAA